GCGUAAGAUCGUGUAUGUAUACAGAAUUUUUGGUUUUGUUGAAAGUGUUUAUUAUAACAAAGCGUUAUACAUAGAAUUUUUUGAUUUUUCAAUGGAAUUUCAAAUACAAGACUUAUGCUAAAAUAAGCCCAACCUAAUAGUAAAAAAAACUGAAAUUUAAAGCAAUCUUAAAUUGAGAUGAUGUUAACAUAGCGUUGAAUAUGCAAGCUUAGAGGAUGGACAAGGUAUGAGAGGCAAGAGUAGAAUGCUACCUACAACUAAAUCUGCCACCAGCCAAACACCAACCAACGCUGUUCUUGCGACAUCUAAUAUUGAGAGCCGUACCUCGAAUGUUAAAUCAAAAUCACAGAUUACUAUAUUAGCGCCAGAGACUACUAGCCACCAAAUGCAGAACAUGUCUGAUGAGAUAGGAGGACCGAACAAAAGCACUUCUAACAUAAAUAAUAACAACAGCAAAAAUAAUAAUAAUAAUAUCAACGCAAACGACAAUAAAACCAUCGCUAGCACAAGUGGUGGUAACAAUGUCGGUGCACCUGGGUCGGAGACAGCUGCUGGUUCAGGUUCCAGCUCCAAUGGAAUGGGAAAGUCUGCCACUAGUAACAAUAUACCCAAUGUGUUAAGGCAGACCUCCACUAAUAGUUCCCCUUCUAACGCAACUAAUUGCAACGAUCACUCAAAUACGAAUAGCAACGGCAGUAACGUGUCCACAGGCAUCUCCCAAAAGGUCGACAGUGACCAGCCUCAGGACGAGGUAUCAAACAAAAAGAAAACGAGUAUCAAAGAAGAAGAUGGCGCAACGACUGGAAACUCAACAUUGGAUAAGGUCAGCCAAGGCAUUUCAGUAGGUGUAGGUGUUUCAAGUAGUGGCACAAACAGCACCACCACCACCAUUACCACAGCAACAAACAACUCAAAGGGUUCGGUAGCUGUUGCUACUUGUGCAGUUAAAGAAGAAUCCACCGAUAUUAUUUGCAACCUAGUAAAUAUGAAGAAAGAAGAGAAGCUUUUCACCAAACUUGUCCCUCAGUGGGAUUUGGUUCGAUUUGUUCCAAGGGAAAGCAAUGUUCCUACCUGGACCUCGGUUCUUCUCACGGCCACUGUUCAGUUCCCGGCAGCAGUCCUGGUGUUUUAUCCAGUACGAAUCAAUUUUAUGAGUGGACCCAAUAGCACUAUAGGAACUACUGUGGGACACUGUUUGGAUUAUAUGCAACAACAGAAUCAUAUAUUUGUAUUCUCCACACAACUGGCCAACAAAGGUGCCGAGUCGGUGAUAAACGGACAAUUUCAGACGAUAAUUGCCUACCACUGCACUCAGCCUGCUACAAAAAGCUUUCUCGAAGACUUUUUUAUGAAAAAUCCAAUGAAGAUGAAUAAGUUACAGCGGCAAAACUCAAUGGGCUUGGGUAUUUGUAAUAUUUCUGCACCUGGAAACAUCAACCAGGCAUCAUGGCAAAGUCCCAAUCCGAAUACAAAUAGUGCUCAGUCCAAUCCAAUCAAUGCAAACCAAAAUGCGAAUAUGCAUCUAAACCAGAAUCAAACUCAUCAGCAUCCCAAUCUAGUGAGCAAGAUUCUCCAGCAACCGCAAAAGGCAGGUAUAGCUGGACCCAAGCCUCAAUUCAAUAAUCAAAAUGAUAGCAAUACUAGCAAACGUCAACAUUUUGCUGAUCCCUCCCAAGUGGACGCACUUGUAAAUGACAAUGACUUAAUGUGCUGGGAGACAGGUGGAGGAAGUAAUGUAAAUAAUAGUCGUAAUAAUCUUGAUGUAUCGCAAGGUUCAAGUGACUCACAUGCUGCAUUGAAGCUGUUGGAGGGCGUCGAAAGUGUAGGCUUGGUCAAAUGUGGUGAUGACAGCAAUAUAAUAUCGCUCCAGGGCGUCAAAGUGCCAGAUGAAAAUCUGACUCCACAACAGCGUCAACACCGUGAAGAACAGUUGGCAAAAAUAAAAAAAAUGAAUGAAUUCUUGUUUCCAGAAAAUGAUAAUGGAUUGAACAAUCCAAACAGCAAUGCAAAUUCCAAGCACAGUAAUGAUGUGAGCAUGUCCAACAUUAUAAUGAACAUGUCAAGUGGCACAAAUAAUACCCAACAAAUUCGACAGAUACAGAUGCAGGCACAAUCGCAAAGCUCGACAAAAUCAGAUCAAAUGUCAGCUCAGCUUGGUAGUGAAGAAAUACUAAUGCCUCUGCCAAUACCAGGGGACGUUAUUGGUGAUAUUGGAGCCGUAAUAUCAUGCAACAAUGGUACAAAAGGUAGCCUUCAAUGCGGAUCUGCAGUCGCUUCGGUUGGAGGUGGUGGGCAGGGAUUAGGAUCGGGAUCCGGAUCCGUAGUUAACGUAUUGAACGUCAAUAUUAAUUCUGGAAUGCCGUGCCCUGGUGCUGCAACAUCGAUAAUGGCCAACUCAUCAGAUAUAAUUGGAGCGUUUAAUAACCCAAACUGUGGCGUGGGCCUAGGCGGUGGUGUCAUGGGAGCUAAUGAUAAGUCCAAUAUGGUCACCCAAGAUGGAAUUCCUAGCAUUAACCAAAUGGAGUGGCCUAAGAUUCAGCAACAACUAUACGAGGAACGCUUAAAAGGCAACAAAGCGCAAUGCAGGCCAACCGCAAUGUCGCAAUGUGGUAGUGGUGUUUUAGGUCCCUGUCCUAAUCCUAAUCAAGUAUCAGUUGUUGCCCCACCAAAUGGUCCUACCAGUGCUCCAAGUGGGAGCGCUCCUGCUUCAAAUAUGCAGAUGCGAAACAGCGUUCAAGGACCGCCGCCUCCUUAUCACCCCACUCCGAGAUCGGCAUCAGUACCGAUUGCGGCUCAAUCACCAAACCCGUCGAGUCCGAACAAUCUCUCCCUACCUUCACCCCGUACAGUUGGUGCCUUAGGGCCACCGUCGAAUUCCCCUAGUAUGGAGUUAGCAACUACAAAUACAUCAUCUGUCAUUACAUCGUCGACGAAUGCAUCACUCCAGAAUUCGCUUGGUAGUACUAAAAAUUGUUUUCAAACUGACGCUGGUUCACCAUCAAGUCGUCAUCGAGGUGGUAACAAUCAGUCAAACAUUAUGAACCAUCUAAAUAGUAAUCCAAGUACGCCGCUUUCACAUCUGUCGCCCAAGGAGCUGGAAGCGUAUAACUCUUCAACCAGUCAAGGGGAAUUAAAAGGCACCCGUCCAAGUCCACAACGUUCUCGUUCGCCAUCUAAUGGCAAUAAUCAAAAUAUCAUAGAGAAUUCUACGGAAUCGCGAUUUUCAUCGAGCAGUCCUAGCCUCCAAUUUAAUACACUUACGCAGCAUAUGCAGGCCAAUGCAACCACUGCCAUGAGUACAUAUAAAAUCAACACCAGCAAUUCGAUGGAAAUCAGCCGUCAAAAUUGCUCUUCUGGUGGAUUAAGUGGACAAAGUGGUGCAAGUGUACAAUUUGGAGCUCGAAGGUCCGAUAAUAUGCCAUUGAAUCCGAACAGCGCAAAUCGUCCCGUGCCAAAUAAAAUAUCACAAAACUUUGAUCCCAUAUCUUCGCUUGCUCAGAUGUCGCAGCAAUUGACGAGCAGCAUUAGUAGUUCCGCUGGCGGUAUUAAUAUGGGAUUAGGCACAGGAGCGGCAGAUAUUAAUAUGGAACAUGGUGUCGGUAUGGAUGUGUCAGGAUUAGAGCACAUGAGUCAUCCAAGCAGUGGGCUUGGUAAUAUACCAAACAAUUGUCAUUCAAUGAAUCCGUUAAUGAAUUCAAUGGGGCAGGGACAGCGUAUGCUUAAUCCAAAAAUUUGUAAUUUGGGACACAGCGGAUUCAAUGCAACUGGACACAAUGGUGCAACACGCGAUGGAUCUGGACAGUUGCCUGGGGCAGCACCUGGACCAGGCGGCUUACACGGUAUAUUGCCACCUGGUGCUCGCAUGAUAGGUCGUAUACCAGUAAAUUUUGGUCAAAAUUUUAAUCCCAAUGUUCAAGUCAAAGCGAGCACUCCGAAUACAAUACAAUAUAUGCCAGUGAGACCACAGGGCACAAACAACAGUAAUAACAACGGUAAUAGCAAUAGCAGCAAUGUAAGAAUGCCACCAAGCUUGGAAUUUUUGCAACGCUACGCAAAUCCACAGAUGGCGACUACUGGUGGUGGUGUUCAUCCAAUGGGAAAUGAGAGCGCAUCCAUGAUGAUUGGAGCGGGAACAAUACCAAUGAAUAUGAAUUCUCCAAAUGAUCAACAACAGCACCAGGCGCAUCAACAGAAUAAAAUGAUGAAUAAUCCAAAUGGCAUUAAUAAUGGAAUUGGUAUGAAUUUUUUUCAAAACUGCCAGCAAAUGCCAGGUCUAGAAGAUGAUGGAAGUAGUACUAUUGGAGUGCCAGGCGGCUUGCCUGGGCAUGAAAUGAAUGUUGGUAUGAGCAUGAGCAUGGGCAUCGGCCAAGCGUCUAUGAUUCGUGGUAUGAGGCCACAUGGCAUGCGCCAACACCCCGGACUUGGUAGCCGCAUGCAAUCACCCGGCAUUAAUGUUAACAUUGGCAAUCGACAUCAAGGUCAAUUUCCCGGUACGCCAGACAGUUUGGACUGUAAUGACCCGAAUGUUUCAUUCAACAAUGUAUCCGGUUCUUGUCAAGGUGGCAAUCCUGCAAUGUUUGGUAAUGUCUCGCAACCACAACAACAAGGCCAGUCUAAACCUCACCAUAUAAAACAAAUACCAGGCGGCAUGUGUCAAACGCAAAUUCCUUCAAGCAAUUUAAUAUCGAAUGGAGGUGGCAGUGUUGGGGGAACUGCUCCUGGCUCAGGGCCCGGUGCUGUUGGAGUAAGUUUCGUUGGUCCAUCAUCGAGUGAUCUGAAAUAUGCGCAGCAAUAUCACAGUUUUCAACAGCAGCUCUAUGCAACGAAUACGAGAAGCCAACAACAACAGCAGCAGGGUGGCAAUUUAAUUACUAUGCCACCAAAUGUAUCCCCCAACCCAUCAUAUUUUGUUAACAAAUAAGAUUAGUCACUAAACAAAAACAGAUAUUCUCGGAAUGGUCUAAAUAAAGAUCAAUAUUCAGUUUGUUUUAUUUUGUCUGAUUUGUAAUCAAUUUCAGUUUAUCAAUCAAAAUUAUUUUGUCGCCGUAAUUUGUAAAACUUACAAAAAUAUCUGAACCAUUUUUUUUAUGCUUAUGAUGUAUAAACCAGUUGCGAACUAUAUACUUAUAUGUAUAUAUAAAGAAUGACGGAAAUAGAAUAUAUCCAAGAAAUUGUCAUAAUCGCGGGCAAUGUAUGUACUAUAUAUGUAAAAAAAAAAAAUUAAAAUAUGUUCAUCAAUUUAAUGUGCACUGCACUUGAAUGCAAUUAAGCAAAUGUAUGUAUUACAACUAUAAUAUACAGCAUCUCACAAAAAUAUUUGUGCUUAUCUAUUUUCCUAUUUUAAACCUAUUUGUAUCACUUCUUGCCGCAAGAAUGCUUAAAAAAGAAAAUUCUUCAAUUAGUAAUUGGGCAUUUUCAUUCGUAUAAAUUCCUAUAUAUUUAGUUAUAUAUGGAUGAAAUACAGAUGUGUUUAAGUUUGAUAACUCGUUGAUGAAAAAUUAACUAGAUACUCAACGAAUAUUUCUGCGAGAUACUGAAUAUAGGAUUGCAACUUUUAAUUUAAAUAGA